GUCAGAGGCUCUGGGCUGCGGCGGUCUGCUGGAGUUGGGGGAGAAUGCAGGAGCCACACGCGGAGGCAGGAAUGGACUAAGGUGGCAGAGAGUAGGGACGGGACGUUGCGGCAGGGCCCUUGACCACGGGAGGCUCGGGUCCACACUGGCGUGUGGUGGGCCCCCAGAGUCCGCCGCCGCGAACACUGCACUGAACCGGCAGCCCAGGCCAGAGCGGUGGAAGGACUCUACUGGGCCUGGCGCUACGGCUUCUCACAGCGAGGGUGGGGCUGGGUUGGAGCCUCAUUCCUUAGGUACUAGGGCCUCUGUGGCGCCGAAGCUGUUUCUCUGAGGGGAUUAGAAACCCUGCGGGAUGAGGAGCCGGAGUAACUCGGGAGUCCGACUGGACAGCUACGCUCGACUGGUACAUCAGACCAUCCUUUGCCAUCAGAAUCCAGUGACUGGCUUGCUUCCAGCUAGCUUUGAUCAGAAAGAUGCCUGGGUCCGAGAUAACGUGUACAGUGUCUUGGCUGUGUGGGGUUUGGGCCUGGCUUAUCGGAAGAAUGCGGACCGGGAUGAGGAUAAAGCAAAGGCCUAUGAACUGGAGCAGAGUGUAGUGAAGCUGAUGAGGGGACUGCUACAGUGCAUGAUCAGACAGGUGGAUAAAGUAGAAUCCUUCAAAUAUAGUCAAAGUACUAAGGAUAGCCUCCAUGCCAAGUAUAACACCAAGACUUGUGCCACUGUAGUAGGUGAUGACCAGUGGGGACACCUUCAGUUGGAUGCUACCUCUGUGUACCUGCUCUUCCUAGCUCAAAUGACUGCCUCAGGACUCCAUAUCAUCCACAGCCUAGAUGAGGUCAAUUUCAUACAGAACCUUGUGUUUUAUAUUGAAGCAGCAUAUAAAACUGCUGACUUUGGGAUAUGGGAACGUGGAGACAAGACCAACCAGGGGAUCUCAGAAUUGAAUGCCAGUUCAGUUGGAAUGGCAAAGGCAGCCCUGGAAGCAUUAGAUGAAUUGGACCUGUUUGGUGUGAAAGGUGGGCCUCAGUCAGUUAUUCAUGUUCUGGCUGAUGAAGUGCAACACUGCCAGUCUAUCCUUAAUUCACUACUGCCCCGUGCUUCGACAUCCAAAGAAGUUGAUGCUAGUCUACUUUCAGUGGUUUCCUUCCCAGCCUUUUCAGUAGAGGAUAGCCAUUUGGUGGAGCUCACAAAACAGGAAAUCAUCACCAAGCUUCAGGGUCGUUAUGGUUGCUGUCGCUUUCUAAGAGAUGGAUAUAAAACUCCAAAGGAGGAUCCCAAUCGUCUGUACUAUGAACCAGCUGAGCUGAAGCUAUUUGAAAACAUUGAGUGUGAAUGGCCAUUGUUCUGGACAUACUUUAUCCUUGAUGGGGUCUUCAGUGGCAACGCAGAACAGGUUCAAGAGUAUAGAGAAGCUCUGGAAGCAGUCCUUAUCAAGGGUAAAAAUGGAGUGCCACUUCUGCCAGAGCUGUACAGUGUUCCUCCUGACAGGGUUGAUGAAGAAUAUCAAAACCCUCACACUGUGGACCGAGUUCCCAUGGGGAAGUUGCCUCAUAUGUGGGGUCAGUCUCUGUAUAUUUUAGGAAGCUUGAUGGCUGAGGGAUUUUUAGCUCCUGGAGAAAUUGAUCCCCUGAAUCGUAGGUUUUCUACUGUACCAAAGCCAGAUGUUGUGGUUCAAGUCUCCAUUCUAGCUGAAACUGAAGAAAUAAAGGCCAUUUUGAAGGACAAGGGAAUUAAUGUGGAGACUGUUGCUGAGGUAUAUCCCAUCAGAGUACAACCAGCUCGUAUUCUCAGCCACAUUUAUUCCUGCCUAGGAUGCAACAAUAAAAUGAAACUCAGUGGACGACCCUACAGACACAUGGGAGUGCUUGGAACCUCAAAACUCUAUGACAUUCGGAAAACUAUUUUUACUUUUACUCCACAGUUUAUAGACCAGCAACAGUUCUACCUGGCUCUGGACAACAAGAUGAUUGUGGAAAUGCUUAGAACAGACCUCUCCUACCUCUGUAGCCGUUGGCGGAUGACAGGCCAGCCCACCAUCACCUUUCCCAUCUCACAUACCAUGCUUGAUGAAGAUGGAACCAGCUUGAAUUCAAGUAUACUGGCAGCACUCCAAAAAAUGCAGGAUGGCUAUUUUGGUGGGGCAAGGAUUCAAACAGGUAAAUUGUCAGAGUUUUUAACAACAUCUUGCCGCACACAUUUGAGUUUCAUGGAUCCUGGACCUGAGGGUAAGCUAUACAGUGAAGAUUAUGAGGACAACUAUGAUGAACUGGAACCUGGCAAUUGGAUGACUGACUAUGAUUCAACCUAUAAUGCUUGCCGUGGUGAUGAAGUUAUUCGUUAUUUAGAUCACCUUUUGGCGCACACUGUUCCCCAUCCUAAACUAGUCUCUACCUCACAGAAGGGAGGACUAGAUCGCUUUCGAGCUGCUGUGCAGACAACCUGCAACUUAAUGUCCUUGGUGACCAAGGCCAAGGAGCUACAUGUACAGAAUGUUCACAUGUAUAUUCCUAUGAAGUUAUUACAAGCUUCCCGGCCUUCAUUCAACUUACUUGACUCACCUCAUCCCCAACAAGAGGACCAGAUCCCCUCUGUUCAUGUGGAAAUACAUCUGCCCAGAGACCAGUCUGGGGAAGUGGACUUCAAAGCACUGGUUUUGCAGUUGAAGGAGACCUCAAGCUUACAGGAACAAGCUGAUAUCCUGUACAUGCUGUAUACUAUGAAAGGACCUGACUGGGACACUGAUUUGUAUGAUGAAGGGGGUGCUACAGUCAGAGUGCUUCUUACUGAACUAUAUGGCAAAGUCGGAGAAAUUCGUCACUGGGGGCUCAUCCGAUACAUCUCUGGGAUCCUAAGGAAGAAAGUAGAAGCACUGGAUGAGGCCUGCACAGACCUUCUCUCCCACCAGAAACAUUUGACAGUUGGACUCCCUCCAGAACCUCGAGAAAAGACAAUCGCCGCACCUCUGCCCUAUGAAGCACUCACCCAGCUGAUAGAUGAAGCCAGUGAAGGGGACAUGGGCAUUUCAAUCCUUACACAGGAAAUCAUGGUAUAUCUAGCCAUGUAUAUGCGAACCCAGCCUGGCCUCUUUGCUGAAAUGUUUCGACUUAGAAUUGGCCUGAUCAUACAAGUUAUGGCAACAGAACUAGCCCACUCCCUUCGAUGCUCAGCUGAGGAAGCCACAGAGGGCCUGAUGAAUCUCAGUCCUUCAGCCAUGAAGAAUCUUCUGCAUCACAUUCUCAGUGGCAAGGAGUUUGGAGUGGAACGAAGCGUUCGUCCCAUUGAUUCAAAUGUCAGUCCCGCUAUUUCUAUCCAUGAGAUUGGUGCCACUGGAGCAACCAAAACAGAACGAACUGGGAUCAUGCAGUUGAAAAGUGAGAUAAAGCAGGUGGAAUUUCAUAGACUGUCUAUCUCAGCUGAAAGCCAGUCACCUGGAACUUCUGUGACUCCAAGUAGUGGGUCCUUUUCUAGUACACACGAUCAUCAGUCAUCUAAAGAUAGUCGUCAAGGUCAAUGGCAACGCCGAAGAAGGCUGGAUGGAGCACUAAAUAGAGUCCCAGUUGGAUUUUAUCAAAAAGUAUGGAAAGUUUUGCAAAAGUGCCAUGGACUUUCUGUGGAAGGUUUUGUUCUUCCUUCUUCAACCACUAGAGAGAUGACUCCGGGUGAGAUUAAAUUCUCUGUUCAUGUGGAGUCUGUCCUGAAUCGUGUACCUCAACCAGAGUACCGCCAGCUUCUGGUUGAAGCCAUCCUUGUUCUCACCAUGCUGGCAGAUAUUGAAAUUCAUAGCAUUGGAAGCAUCAUUGCUGUGGAAAAAAUAGUACAUAUUGCCAAUGACUUGUUCCUUCAAGAACAGAAAACCCUCGGCGCAGAUGAUAUCAUGUUGGCAAAGGAUCCUGCAUCUGGCAUCUGUACUCUUCUGUAUGACAGUGCACCCAGUGGCAGGUUUGGAACCAUGACCUACCUCUCCAAGGCAGCUGCCACCUACAUACAGGAGUUUCUGCCCCACAGCAUCUGUGCUAUGCAGUGAGGGCUUUAGGUCCUGGAUGCUGGGAGCCUUUUGACAGCUGGUUCCUGCCUCAGUUGGUUAUGCAUAGAACUGAACUGUUAUUGCCUGAUCACUUUCACGCCGCCACCCCCAUCCCUCCCAAGAAAAAAGAACUUUUCUAAUACACUGCUUUUGAAGAAGUGAGCCCUUACCUAGAGGCUCAACCAGGCCUGUCAUUAUUGGCUUUGAUUCUUUAAUGGUUUGUAGAAGUUUGUGUGUGUUUUUAUUCCCUAGAUCUGUUACCAACCUAGUUUUCUAAUUCCUGUUUAGAAGCAUGUGUUAAUAACAACUUAUUCCUAAA